AUGGAAAGGCCAAACAGAGAGAAUCCGCCGGAAGGCGCGAUGCCGCCUCCGAAACGCGUUUGCUUCAAACAGGAGAAAGAUGUAAAACUCGUGGAAAAGUGGGACCAGGAAGAAAUCUUCUCGCCACCAGAAGGAAACGAAGAUGAUACAUCGGGAGAUCUCGACUCCCAAUAUUCCAAAGAUGAGGUGGAGAAGAUUCGUCGGCGGAAGAAAGUCCUCGCCGCUGGGGUUGGAUCUCUCGGCUACAGCGUCGGCGACACAGACGUGGACACGGUCAACACCCGCUCGGCUGCCGUCGCGGCCUCUGAAGCGGAUCCAGAAGUCGAAAAGGACGAGAAGGGCGUUGUCUUUGAGCCUUUCAACAUGCGGCGAGAGCUGCAGGAAGGCACUUUCGACGAGGAAGGGAACUACAUCUGGAGAGCGAAACAGCCGAGCGUGAUUGCAGACGGUUGGCUAGAUGCGAUCGACUCUGGCGACGCCAACACGGCCUUUCGUACGGAAGAGGCGCGGCAACGCGUGCUGUCGGAGAUGCGCGCCGAGCCGGAGGCGACUGUUGUGGACGUGACCGCGAGUCUGGCCGCGCUCGCCGAGCUCCUCGACUGCGGAGAGUCCGCGACGGAGGCGAUGCGGCGGAUCAAGGCCGGGGCGAGUCGGCGCGCCGCUGGCGAAGUCGCGGCCGACGGGGGCGAGGAGCGAAGCGCAGGCAGCCGCGAGCGACAGAACAAACGGAGACGGCGCGAAGAAGAGGAAGAAGACGAAGCCUUCUGUCGCCCCACUGCGAAACGGACGCGCCGGAAGAAGCGCGAAGAAGACGCAGGCCACGAAGAACACGAGGAAACACAACCCGAGGGAGAAGACAAGGAGGGACCGAACGAGAAGGAACUGAAAGAGAAGGAACUGAAAGAGAACGAAGAGAAGGGCGGUGCGUCAGCGCCUUCUGACGAGACAGAGACGCAGAGAGAAAGGGAGAACAAGGGCGGGUCGGGACGAAACACCGCUCGUCUCUCUGGGAAACGAAAGGACGCGAAGAAAGGGAAAAUGAACGAAGACGAACUGCGCGUCUUCAACGCAAUCACCGACCUGUGCUCGAACCUGAUGACCGUCGGGAAAAAUGUCUAUUUUCUGCGGAAAGAGGAUAUUUUGAAGGAGUUGAAAGAGAGGGAGAGUGAAAAGACGGCGACUGGCGCAUCGGAGGAGAGAAGCGAAGCUUCGCAGGCUGACGACGCCGCGGCUGAGGGGACCACGUACUGGCAAUUUCGCUGGGUCAACAACCCCAACGACACGGAAGUCCACGGCCCCUAUCCGGCCUCUCUCCUGCAAGCUUGGAUUCAGCAGGGUUUCGUCUCGGAUGCGACGGCGAUGCAGGUGCGUCAAGUCUCCGCUGCGAACGAACCUCUGGACGGCGUCUGGCUGUUGUGGAAGGAGGCAGACUUCCGGUCUUCUCAGGAGCAGGAAGACGACGAGAGGCUGCGCGAAGCUGAAGAAGACGAGAGGCAACGCGAAGCAGAGAGCGACGAAGAGCGCGCCAGAGAAAAGGAAAGGCGGCGGAAAGAGGCGAAGGAGCGAGGCGAAGAAGAAGAGGAAGACGAGGACAAAGACUUCCGAAAGAAUGAACGGGUCAUGAGAAUGCUCGAGACGUCGACGUAG